AUGGCGGCUAAGGAAUUUGAGGAUACCUGGGCAUACAAUACAAUCGGUUCGCCCUUUCCUGAUAACCCUGUAAGGGUUAAGGGUCAGCAAAAUAUGUAUGUGGCACUAUGGUACAAAUUUGGUAAACCAAUACAUGGGCGAGCAUGGAACAACAACGGGAAUGUUGAAUGCUCCUUUCCUUACAGUAAAGUAGAACUAACCGGAGCUCGUGAUCUAGGAGGUCAGAUUCAAAUAUUGACUUGUUCCGAGCAAGAUCCAGUGGAACAGUUUAAAAAGGCUGGAUUCUGGUAUGAGUGGCGUCCUUAUAAAGACCGAGAAAAUGAUAGAUUGCUACAACUGGUUCAUUGUGGUGAGUCGGCCCCGAUGCUGAUGAGAGCUAAAGAUGGUAAAACUUUACUUGGAUACGUGGAUUUAGGCAAAGAGGUUGCCAAUGUUGGUUACAAAGGCAAAAAUGAAACUUUGUCUGGUGGUGAUAUUCAGAACCUAUUAGUACUGUUUCGGAAUAUCAAAGCUCCACCUUAUAUAAGGAUUUAUGAUGAUACUUGGCUUGAUCUGAAAUAUCGCGACACAUUUCCGACAUCAAAGAAUCCUAUUGCUGGUGCUGGUCGAAAAUUGAAAAAUGAUGAUGGAACUGAAUCGUUUAGCUACGUAGCAUUGUGGUAUAAACAUGGUGAACCAGUUUUCGGACGAGCUUAUCCAGAUUCAGCCGGUAAAACAUUGGCUAGUUUUGGUUGGAAUGGCCAAGAAAAUGCUGGCGCAGAAAUCGGCUCUAUGCAAAUGAUUGUUGUGCCACAGCCAGAAAAUCUUGGUUUCGAAUAUAAAUGGCUACCAUAUAAAGAAGUAAAGAGCAAAGCAGGAGCAUUCAAACCCGUGCAUGUCGGAGAAUGUACUCCUUGUAUACUGAAGACUAAAAACGGAGGUGAACUACUUGGAAAUUUGCAUAUGCAAAUGGAAAAAGCAACAGCUGGAUUUGGUGGAAAAGAUGCAGCCGUGGUUGGACCAGCCGUAAUGGAUUUCUUAGUACUGUGCCGUAAUGGACUGAAAUAA